AUAAUUUUUAAUUGAGGACAAUUUAGUCACUAAACGGCUAUAAACAGCUUCAUACUGACACUUUCCUGCAACAACUUAAGUCAAACUCAUACCAAUGGCCGCUGAAAAUGAAUUUACAACUGAAGACCUUCUGACCGAUUUGUUCAAGUGCGUUAGUGUUGAAGCUCUGAAAAAUGAAAAUAUCCAAAAAUACGAUUUGAAAAUAUACGGGUCCGAAGAUAAAAUUGAACAGUACGGAAGUGAUAUCGCUUUUAUUGAUAUAUCAGCGGAAAACUUUGAAGCUGAAAAACGUAUGUAUAAUUUGGUGCUAAAAUAUGGUCAUACGCAGAAAAACAUCAAAAGUAAAGUGCCAAUUAGAGAAGGGUUUGAAAGGGAAAUUGAAGUCUAUUCCAAACUCGUUCCCUGCUAUCAAAGGUUUCAGCAGCAGAAGAACCUUUCACCGUUAGCGAUUGUACCGAAAUGCUUCUUAACAAAAUUCUCAAACAAUGAUGAAAUCAUUGUUCUUGAAAACUUAAAAAUUAUGGGAUAUCACACACAUAACAGAAAAAGAGCCAUGGACGUGAAUCAUAUAAAGUUGAUACUGGAAGCUUAUGCGCAAUGGCACUCUCUUUCUUUCGCUCUGUACGAUCAAAAAGACGACGAAUUUCUCGAAAUCAAAAGCCAUUUUUUGUCCAAUCCCUGGAAGAACUAUUUCCCAAACCAAUUGGGCGAAAUGAUUGAUAUUGGUCAAAACGCAUUGUACACCAUAUUGGAAGAAAACGACGAAAUGGAAUUGCUCCAAAAAUUUCAACAGAAAAUUUGUAACGCUAAUGCCAGAACAGCUCUAAUGGAUUUAAUGGAAAUAAAUGAAAAUGCGGCCGUAAUAUUGCAUGGCGACUGUUGGAAUAAUAAUUUUUUGUUCAAAUACCGCGAUGGGGACUUAAAAUCAAACAUCUGUAUCGAAGUGCAGCUUCUAGACUUUCAAAUGGCUUCAUGGCGUAGUCCUGUAUUCGACUUGAGCCUUCUUCUCUAUUGUGUGGCAUCCGAAACGGAACUGGAUCGAUUCAAAGAAUUACUCGACCAUUAUUAUUUCCAUUUGUCGCAUAAUAUUAAAAAAUUGGGAAGCAACCCGGAGAAAAUUUUCCCGUUCCGGACGUUAAAAAACCACUGGAACAAAUAUUCUGUAUAUGGAGCAAUUUUGAGUCCCUUUAUCGCCAUGUACUCUUUCAUUGAUAAGGAGGAUACUGCUGACUUUGGAGUAUGCCAGACUCUAAAAAAAACCACUUUGAAGCCUGAAUAUAUGGAACGAGUCAUUGCUGUUGCACGACAUUUUGUAGAAUGUGAUUUAUAAAAACUUUAAGUCAGUGUUAAAUCAGUAUUGUAGAUCGAUGGAGUGAAAAUUGUAAUCGUGAUUAAAGAUAAAUAAAGAGUCCUUAAUG